AUGGACUCAUCCCAGCUCCUCUGCAGCGUCUCGCUCAUCCUCCUGGUCAGAGCCGCUGUCUCCCAGCCAGUGGAAGGCAAGAGGCCCAUGCUGAUGGAAGAGCAAGAGCCGGGUACCAGCAUCAAGGACCUGCUCUGGGCACUCCUAGAGACGCACCUGCCAAAGGGACCUUCCCUGCACGUCCCGGAUGACCCUAGAAACCUGCUGCCCUACGCCUCCCCCGGGCCGGCCAAGCGCCGUCAGAAACGGAGGCCGCUGGCCGGCAGCCGCUUGUGGGAGCAGCCAGAGGGGCAGGAGUGCCGGCUGCGGAGUUUGCUCCUGCGCGUCAAGGACCUGGCCCUGGGCUACGACUCCGAGGAGACCAUCCUGUUCAAGUAUUGCAGCGGGAGCUGCCCCAAGGCCCGCACCAACCACGACCUGACGCUCUCCAUGCUGCUCCAGAAGAGUGAGAUCCCGGCCCUGGGCGAGGAGAAGAUCGUUGGCGACCCCUGCUGCCGGCCAACGCACUACGAGGACGUGGCCUUCCUGGACAACAGCCACCAGUGGCACGAGGUGGAGAAGCUCUCAGCUUCUGCCUGCUCCUGCAUGGGCUGA